AUGGAGCUCUAUCUGAGCUUCAACUCGCCCCAGCGUAUUCGGUACACGGCAGCAGAUGGCACUAUCAUGCAUGAUGCCGUCGUCGAAGUCAACUAUGUGUUGGCAACAUUCGAGGGCUCGCUUCGCUUCCAGAGCGAUCUUCGUGAGCGCGAGGUGGUCGACUUCUUUGACAUGGAUGUAGUUUGGUCCGAUCGUGAAGGCCGUACCGACUCCUUUGGCUCUGUCAAGGGUAUCGCCACUGGCCUAAGAAUGAAGCUGUGGAAGGACAGCUUUUGA